AUGGACGAGAUGUAAGGGGUAAGGAGGAUCGCAGUGGGAAAACAAAGAGGAUGGGCGGCAACAGAGGGAAACUUACAAGAAAACACGGGAGAGAAAAUAGUCGAAGCAACGGAGGAUUGGAUGGAAAGGACCAAGUGGAUGAGUAAGAAAGAGAGUCCGCGAAGAGGAGGAAACGAUCAAAGAGACGACGAGAGAGAAAGAGGGGAGAAAAAGGGGGCAAGAGAGUGAGGCAGAGAGCGAGAGAGAGAGAGGGAAAGAGAUAGAUAAAGAGAGCAACGGGAAAGGGAAACUGCACGGAUGACGAAGGCAGUUCUGAAGGGUUUGAGGGUGAACCAUCCGAGUGUGGACCAGGAUAGUCCUCUGCUGUGGGCGAUGGUGGCCGCUGCGGUGGUGGGGUGACACCGACGGCGGGUAGGGCGUCGCAGGGGCAGAACCAGCGCCGCGACGCCUCGGCGUGCACAGUCGCGGCUCGAACGCCGUCCCAUGCGAACGUGUUGUCCUCGCGGCUCGUGCAACGUCCACAGCAACGUGUACCAUGUCUCCGAGCUGUCCGUUCCGAAGUUAGGAUUUAAGGAAGCCGGGAUCGAGAAUAACAUUGUCGAUGCGCGGGAACGAGGCGGACUUUGUCGAAGAUGAUUCGUGGAUUAUGAGAAUUAAAACGGGACUGCUGGACACGUUAACGGAGUCAGUGUUUCAAUGAACGAUGUCGAGAGAUUGACAGUUGUGAGAUCGUUGUUCUAUCGAAUGCGUCAGAUCGUCAGAGUGAUGGUUGAGGACAACGUGUUUUGAGACUUUUUAACGACAUCUGACGGACGUCGAGGGUGACUCGAGAUUCCAACCACUUGUUAGCGAGUUUUCUCAGAGCACAUGUACCCUUCGAUUUUUAGGCGGAGUUGUGCCUUUCGUAACAGCGUUUUUUACUAAGUGGAAUGUAGGUACGUUCAUUGAUAGUGAUUUGUACGAACGGUGAACAAUUGCCGCGAGAGACGAUCAGGUGUUCUGCGACAACGAGACCGCGUGAAACGUCAGAAGCCAAUGGUAACUGUGAUCGUUGCAUGAUCGCAAUAAUAUUUAUAUUUAGUGUGAAACCGGGGUACAUUGGAGCAACGCUUCAGUCAAGUUUUUGAGACCCCUCGGCAUCGCUCCUGAGACACGUGCGUGCCAAGCCAUUCUUAUCCAGUAAGUGUGCGCUGUGGACUCGUUAUUAAUUGCGGUGAUCUAGUCGAUCUUAUUAUUCGACGGUACAAUCGAUUAAUUAUUUUUCGACGAUGAAGAAGAUCACCACGGAAAUAUGAAGAAAAAAUACGAAUUAUGGAGCAUGAAUUGAAGCGCAUGCCCCGUAACGAUAUUAGCAACUCGAUCGCGAUGACCAACGCCGGUAAAGGAUAAAGCAUGAAUCCAUUUAUAAAAGUACGACUGUGAUGCGCGACUCGUGAAACAUUCGUAUUUGCGUUCGGAAGAAAGUGUAGCAAAUCCAGGAACAUUACGCGCCAAUCCAUGACAUGUAAGAACUGAUCGAAAUCGGUGAGAAUCGGUUGAAGCAAUAGGUGAUUAUAGUGUGAUGUUAAAAAUGGCGGCGACUUCCGAGUCCCAGGACAAUUCUUAAGACACGCUCCACGGUGGAAUGGAUUUUCAGAGCGCUAUGGACACGUUUGUAGAGGCAUGGAUGGCUGCUAACACGAAAACGGAUCAAGUACAGAGCCAAGCUUUGGCAUUGACACACAAGGUCUCUCCACCUUCGAGGCCGAGCAGUGUGUCCUCGUUACCGAGGAGCCCUCAAUCAAAUCAAUCCCAACAGUCCCAGUCGCAGAACACUGCUCAACCUCCGCCGGUGCAUCCUCACCAGUCGCAGACACCUCUGAGCGCGCCCCAUACGCCGUUCUCCGCGCACAAUCAACACCCGAAGCAAGAAGCGAACACCAGCCCCAAACAGGAAGGAUUCGAUCUCAGCAAAUCCGCCUCCAGCACGGGGAAGAAUAUUCCAGUGCAUUGUGUGGUCGAAACGAUUCACAACAUCGUGGAGAGUCAUGUGAGCAACUCACGUGAGAACUGGCGGAGACCUCAAGUAGAAACGGACUCGUACGUGAUCAUCCCUGUGGCCAUGCCUUUCCAAGAUUUAGUUGGUGAGGCAUUGGUACGUUUGGGCUAUUCAAGCGACCUGAUACCAAGUGCCAGAGGAAGUAUCGUAAUACGAAACUGGAAACCACUGCCAAUGGAAAAGGUCGCGGAUGGCCCAUUAUUAACAGUCGGCGAUAUUUUGGCCGAACUGACUUCUGUCGCAACAUUGAAGAUUCAGGUGUACAGAUCGAGACCGCCACCUCCUAGUCCAGCAGCGGAAGUUAGAAACAAGUUGUUAAGACUGCUAUUGCUCCACAGCCAUGCGCUUUUGGUUUCUGCUGGUUGUCCUUUGGAUGAGAUGACAUUACUAUCCCUGUGCAGAGGCGGGAACGAAUUAUCAGAGGAAACCAAGCGAAACUUCGAGUCGUGGUUGCAGCAGCAACAGUUGGGCUUGGGUUUAAACCCGAUCGUACCUUCCUCGAAUCACCAUCACCACCAUCAUACGCAGAGCCCUCAGCCAGACGGAGGUGGUAGCAUGGGCUCGGCGGGCGGCGCCAUCGGUCCUCCACAUCCUGCACUCCUCCAAUACUCGCAUAAAACUAGGAUGAGGACGAGCUUCGAUCCUGAAUUGGAGUUGCCGCGUCUUCAACGGUGGUUCGGUGAAAAUCAACAUCCAUCGAGGCAACAAAUACAACACUACGUCUCGGAAUUAAACUCUCUGGAGUCUCGACGGGGUAGGAAGCCACUGGACGUGAAUAACGUUGUGUACUGGUUCAAGAACGCGAGGGCUGCUCAAAAAAGGGCUGAGAAUAGAGGUGUCAACGGGUAUAGUCCGCCUGGUCUCAGCCCGAGAGGUGCUAGCAUUGUCAGUGAAGAUUGUUCGGACGAGGAAGAGGAUUCCAGACAUCAGUCCGCCUCACCUUCUCCCUGUCCACCCGGAAGUCCACCAGUCGGACCACUGUCUCUGACAACCAGACCCGAGGAUCAACAACCUCCACCCUCAACGCCGUCCUCCGUGAAGCAGGAGGAUGCCAGAGUGUCCUCCGGUUCCGAAGACGAGGAGGCAAGGCCGACCGGUCCGUUGCCGGGAUUCUCUCUGGUUCCGAGCCCGAUGUUCGGUCAUGGAAUUAUGUAUAUGUCACCUUAUUUGCCGCCACGCGGCCCGGCUGGUUGUUCAACCAGCAUGCUGGACGAGAGGAGGAAGAGGAACCGGACAUUCAUCGAUCCCGUGACGGAAGUGCCGAGGCUCGAGGCUUGGUUUACUCACAAUACUCAUCCCAGUCACGCGCUAAUUCUAAAAUACACGGAGGAGCUGAACCGAAUGCCGUACCGGCAGAAGUUUCCGCGGCUGGAACCAAAGAAUGUGCAAUUCUGGUUCAAGAAUCGACGGGCCAAGUGCAAACGCUUGAAAAUGGCUCUGUUCGAGGGUGAAUCGCCGCAACCUCAUCCAUAUCACGCAGACUAGCUCAGCCCCUAAAGUUACGUAAAUUAGAAAGAACCGGGAAGCCAUUGGCCGGGAAGGCAUUUGUGAGCAUGUAACGCAACACGCCAAGAGGAACAGAGGAGAAGCUAAUCAACCUGUUAUUCCUUAAUAUCGUUGACCUGUAACCACACACGCGGGUUGCACUUUUAUUGUAAUUAUUGCAUAACGAUUAAUAUAAUUAUUAUGGACCUUGAUGAAUGUACAUAUGAGAAUAACGUCGAAUAAAAACUAUACGU